CGAAGCCAGACGAGUCCAUCUAAGAAAGGUUGUAAUACAAAAAGACCAGAGAUGACCAGGGAAGAGGGAGGAAUGACAAGAGCAAGGAAGGGGGGAUGAGCAGGACGGACUCUGGAGGCAAGAGGAAGGAGGGGGUCGGGGGAAAAGACGCAUCCAACGAGCUCCCGCACAGACACAGAGAGGGAAACAUGAAGAGGAUACGCAGAAGGUGUGAGAACCCAGCGUCGCCGACCAUUGGAGAGAAGGAGCACGACCGCGAGGAGCGGAGAGCAGGAAGAAGAGGUAGAGAACGAAGAGUAGGAAGCAAGGAAGGAGAGGAGGGAAAGGAGGAAGAGGAGAAGGAAGCGGAGGACGAGAGGAGAACAAGAGGAGAACGAGAGGAGAACGAGAGGAGGGAGAGCAGGAGCUGCGAUGGGCCAUACGCGGUGAAAUUGGAUUAGCUUAAGAGUAUGGCCAUUAAACUACCAAAUUCUGACGGAAGGAGAGGAGGGAGAAGAGGAGGGAAAGGAGGGAGAGGAGGGAGAGGAGGGAAAGGAGGGAGAGGAGGAAGAGGAGGAAGAGGCGAAGUAGAGGAGAAAGAAGGGGAAGAGGAGGAGGUGCGAUGGGCCAUACAUAGCGGAAUUGGAUUACUUUUAAGAGUGCGGCCAUUGAUUCACUAAAAACUCACCGGAGACUCAUGUAGUUUAAGAUCGAAUGGCAUCAGCGUUUAAGACAAUCUAGGAAAAGAGGCCUGUAACAGGUGACCGUAAAUUGAAGCAAUUAAUGACGAUCUCAAUAGAUAAAGAUGAAUUCCGAGA